AUGGCCCGUGCCGAUCAAUCUGUCUGUGUUCUUGAACGCGGCAGGGAGAGAUGGCCUGGAGAGUAUCCGUCGAAUCGUGUCCAAGCUACGCCAGAAAUUAGCGUUUCGGGAUUGUUUGCUCCCGGCGAUAAGCCAGGCACUCCGGUGCAGAUUGGCGAUCCAACCAAGCUGUAUCAGCUGGUCGUCAGAGUUGGGCAGAAUGCUUUUGUGGCGAGCGGUCUUGGGGGCACUAGUCUGCUCAACGCAAAUGUCUUCCUGAAAGCUGACAACGGAACCAUGAGCCUUCCCGAGUGGCCGGACGAUCUGAGAAAGCCCCGCGCUUUGGAUGAGUACUACGAACGAGCGGCCCAGAUGCUCCAGCCUGAGCAGUACCCGGAGGACUUUCUCCCAUUGCUGAAGCUCGAGCUCCUAAAGAAGCAGGCAGAACUCCUGGGCCUGCAGGAGAAGUUCUAUAGAGUACCACAGACGACUAGAUUUGAGAACGGACCUAACUAUGCCGGUGUGCAAAUGCAAGCCAGUGCCCUCACUGGUAUGGCCAGAACAGGCGUCAACGACGGUAGCAAAUCUUCAACCCUUGUCACAUAUAUAAGUGACGCAUGGAACUGGGGCGCCGAAUAUAAAGGCUAUCUGAUAUUCUUUGCCUGGCAUGGGGUUAAGUGCCGUUUGUUCAGGGACAAUAUUUACAACGAUCUUAUGUGGGUGUAUGCUAAGAAAUUCGUCUUCAUGGGCGCUGGGUCCCUCGGCACCACCGAAAUACUUCUUCGUAGCAAAGCCAUGGGGUUGGAAAUGAGUUCCAGAGUCGGAAAGGAUAUAAGCGGCAACGUCGACAUCCUCGCACUCGGGUACAACACCGACUAUGAAGCGAACGGGUUUUGCAGAGGUACCCCUAACCCUGAUAAGCCUAUUGGUCCAACUAUCACAGGGGUGAUUGACUGCCGCGAUCAGCCGAAUCCGCUCGAUGGAUUCGUGGUGGAAGAAGGUGCCAUAACAGAGGCCCUCGUAUCUAUUGUUCAGCCCAUGCUGGAGUUACUUCCCGGAAAGAUCUUUCCCACGAAUUACACAAUGAAAGACAUGCUGGUUCAUUUCUUCGCCCGUCAACACAGCAGGCUGUAUCAAUAUGCCUCAUUGGGAAGCCUGGAAAAGACCCAGAUGUAUCUGAUAAUGUCGCAUGACAGCAAUCAAGCCAUCAUGAGACUGGGGAGGAAUAACAGACCCGUCUUGAACUUCCUCGGUGUGGGACGGAGCGACCACGUGAAGAGUUUGAAUGGGUUCCUGGCGAAGAUGACCAACGCCUUCGGCGGGACCUAUAUCAAUUCUCCCUUCUUCGCGGCACUGGGAGAAUGA